AUGGACACCCUCUUUUCUUUACCGGUGCUGUCCCUUUUCCUUAUCCCCACCACGGCUUCCUAUACCACGAGUCUGAACUUUAUCUUCUUUUACAUGACAUGGUCGACACUCGUGUUUUCCCAUUCUCCUCUUCGAGUCGAGUUGUUUGGCACCGUGGCUGUGCGGCUUCUCUUCUAUGUCCUCCCGUCCCUGCUUUUCUUCCUGUUCGAUAUCCUCACCCCGUCAGCAGCGAUGAUGAUAAAAGUUAAUGGUGAAGGUGGCCUUCCCAGCGGAAGAAGACGGGGUAAGAUCCGGCUGAAAGACAUCAAGAUUGCGGGAUGGGGGCUGGCCAAUGUUAUCCUGAGUAUCGUGGUGCAGGCUAUCAUAGAAAAGAUACGGAUAAGUGCCUUUGGCGCGCGAAGCAGCUUGAAAGUGUCGAUUAAAUUACCAAUGCCCUGGGAGAUGACGAAAGAUUUGUUGCGUGGACUGCUAGUCCGAGAGGGCAUAUCCUAUGCCAUACAUCGCUUCGUUCUGCAUUCCAAAGACAACCGACUUCGCAUAGUUACCGAACAGCAUCAACUCUGGUAUCACUCACUGCGCACCCCGUUCCCUCUCACGGCGCACUAUGACCACCCGCUCGUAUAUCUCCUCGCUAACUUCAUCCCCACCUAUAUGCCCGGCAUGCUCUUUCGCUUCCACAUGCUCACCUACCUCCUCUACAUGUCUGUCGUCUCCGUCGAAGAGACAUUCGCUUUCUCCGGCUACACGGUGAUGCCGACGAGUUUCUUCCUGAGUGGAAUGGCGCGCAGAACGGAAAUACAUCUGUUUAGUGGGGCGAAAGGGAAUUUCGGGCCCUGGGGCAUCCUGGACUGGAUCUGUGGCACCAACGUGACAGACGAUGAUGAUGUUCUAGACGAGCCCGGUGUCCAGAGAGCGACCAUGGAUGACAAAGUCAAGAAAGCGGUGGAGCGUUCUACCCAGAAGAAGUUUUACGAGCGUCAUCGGUUGAGAAGAGGACGUCGGGAUGAUUAG